UUUUUUUUUUUCUGGUGUUUCAUCUUUUUUUCCCUUUUCUUUUUAUUUUUUAUUUUUUUAUUUCUAUUUUAUUAUAUCUAUUUUAUCUAAUCUCCAUUUUUACAUUGUGUUAUGGGUAAUGAAACAAGUCGCCCUGUCUUGGACAAUGAAUCUUAUGAUUCUUCUCAAAGAACUUCUUCACGACAAAAGCACUCUAGUAGAAACAAUUCAAUACGAAAAUUAAAAGGAAAAUCUUCUAGACCAAUUUUGGAUCCUUCUAUAUUACCUUUUGAUACAACAGUGCCUCGUCUUAUUCAACCAACACCACCUGCGGACACAAUGAACACAAACUUCGGAUUUCCUCCGCCAACCUGUGCAACAGAACGCGCCACUGUUCAACCUCUUGUACCAUCUCCACAAAUUUCUUCUGACUCUCCUUUACCUGCAAACCGGAUUACUAAACAAAAGAAUUCAACUACAUCAUCAUCAUCAUCCUCUUCUUCUUCUUCUAUCGUCAAACGAAAAUCAAAUCAACCUACUCGUAUGAUGAUGACAUCAAAUAAUAUUUCUUCAACAUCUUAUACAACUCAACGUCGUCAUUCUCAACGUGCUAUCUCUACUCUUUCAAGUCAUACCACAGAUAGUAAUUGGACAUGGACUGGUGACCUUUUUUCUCACAUUGAUCCGGCAACUUCCUCCACUAUUACUGCAAUCACUGACUACUCCACCAUUUCCAAACAUUCCAUGUUUUGUCAAGAUUGGCCUGCUUGUGAUAAACAAUUAGUGAAAUCUGCUGCGGAAGCAAUGGCUAUACCUACUAUUUCUGUUACCAAUGUUCCUGAACCUCCACCUUAUACUACUUCCUCAACUAGUCAACCUGAAUCACUCUCUACCACAAAUGUAUCAACAUCUGGAACAGAAAACUCAUCUAUCAUUUCAAACAACAACAGCAACAACAAUAACAACAAUAAUAACAGCAAUAACAAUAACAAUCGCAAUAACAACAACGAUAACAAUAACAACAUUAAUAUACCAAGACAAUUACAACAAUUAUUGGAACGUUUACAACUAUUGAUAUCAAAAACGAUGACAACAGAAUCUUCUUCUUCUUCUUCUUCAACAACAACAACAACUUCACCUAGUUUUAAUGCAAUUACUACCAGUUUAUUGGAUGAUAUAUUUUCAUUGGCAGCUGCUGUCAAAAAAGAAAAAGAUAGACAACAUAUCUAUCAGUUGGCUUUAUCUCUAUGUCCCAAAUCUUUUACCGCUCAAGUAUGGACUGCAAGGUGUCAAUUGGACGGAUGGGGAACUGAAUCACAACCACGUCUUGGAUUUCAAACACUACAGAACUUGGCUGAAUCAGGUUGUUGGGAAGCUUAUUAUCCUUUGGCAUUAUGUUAUCUUGAAGGUGUACCCAAACAUCAUCGACAAUAUAAUCAACAAUCAUCUUCGCUUUCCACUAGUGGUAUCGACGACACUAUAUCAAGUAUAUCUUCUCCUUCAUCAACUCCUGCUAAUCGGCGACCAUCUUUUUCUGGAACAAGUGCAUCAAGCGAUUUUAGUAACAUCAGUCAACAAAGUAGUAUCAGUAGCACUUUUUCUCUUGACUCACUUGAAAUACAACCGAUCAACAAACAAGAAGCAUGGCGAUGGCUUCAUAUGGCUGCUCAACUGGAUGGAUCAGAAGAAUCUGUUACUAUAGUCAAAGCUCGUGCUCAAUACAGAAUUGGAACUAUUUACUUUGAAGGUGAUGCUUCUAUUUUACCUGAUCAUGAUAAGGCUUUACAUUGGUUCAUGCAAAGUGCUGAUAAUGGAAACAAAUUUGCUCAAUUUAUCACUGGUUUCCAUUUUGAACAAGGUAUUAUUGCUGAAAAGAAUACAUCCAUAGCCAAGAAAUAUUAUCUAUCAAGUGCAAAACAGGGUUCUUCAGAUGCUCAAGCUGCUCUUGGUAUACUUCUGGUUGAAGAACAACAAAUAGAAGAAGGAAUGAAAUGGCUAAAUGAAGCAGCAUCUACGAAAAAUACUAGAUCUUUAGUGAAGCUCGGAAUUAUGUACGAAUAUGGACAAGGCAUUGAAAAGGAUGAAGCACAAGCAUUGUUAUAUUACAAGACAGCAUGUGAGCAACAUGAUCCAGCCGCUCACUAUCUUUUGGGAUUGCAUUACCGAUUAGGAACGUUGGGAUUAUCACAGCACUUUAUACAAGCUGGAAAACAUUUUACAAAAUCUGCAAGAUCAGGAUUUGCUCCAGCUCAACGAUUACUUGGUCUCAUGUACUUGCAAGGUUUAUUAGUAGAGGGUACACGUUCUGAUGGUCAACAAGUGAAUGAAGAAUAUAUACGACGUAAGAAUGACAAGGCUGCUCUUUUAUGGUUCCGUCGAUCGGCCUCCCAAGGUGAUGUUCGUGCUCUUGGACUGGUUGGUGCCUGUUAUCAGUAUGGUCGUGGUGUAACUACAAAUCAUGAUGUUGCUUUAGAAUACUAUCGUAAGGCAGCAAGAAUGGUUGGUCCUUUCCAGGGUGUGGCUCAGCUUGCUUUGGCUUUACUUUUACAUCAAAUGUGUAGACAUCGUGACGCUAUUGAAUGGUUUACAAAGGCUUCCGAAGCUGAAUCGAUUGUCAACAGUCAUAUCCAGUCUAACGAUGGUGAUGAUGAUAAUAAUAAAAAUUUUGGACACGAAGAAGAAUCUCCUGCAAAAAUGCUAUCAAGACGAUCUCCAUCUCGAACUGCAAGAUUGAUGUUAGCUCGAUAUCAUUUACAUGGUUGGCCUGGUGUUGUAAAGGAUGGUCUCAAGGCUUUCAAAAUGCUCUCUGCUCUGGCUAAUGAAUCACAAUAUGAUGCUCAUGCUCAUUAUUGGUUGGCGGCUUGUUACGAAGAAGGUAUUGAUAAUGUUUGUCCCUGUGAUUUGAAAUUGGCUUUUGAUCAUUAUUUGGUGGCUGCGAAUGCUGGUGAUACAGAUGCUGAAUUCCAAGUGGCUUUGAUGCUUUCAAAUGGACAAGGGGUUUCUCGAGAUCGCAAGUCUGCUUUCCAUUGGUACAAAAAGGCUGCUGACAAGAAUCACAAAAUGGCAUUAUAUAGUUUGGGACUUUACCAUGCAAAGGGAUUGGAAGGCAAGCCAAAAGAUCUACUUUGUGCUCGAAUCUGUUUUGAAAAAGCGGCUCGUUUAGGAGUUGCACCUGCAAUGACUUCUUUUGCUACUUUAUGUCGCGUUGCAUCUUUACAAUCGGGACCUCAACAACAAGAACAAAGAGAACAAGCUAUUUAUUGGUAUCAACGAGCUGCAACGACAGGUGAUGUGGUAGCUCAACGUGAACUUGGUUUAAUCUAUGAUGCUGGUCUUGGUGUACCUCGUAAUUACGACACUGCGUUUAGUUAUUUCCAACAAGCUGCUUCUCGUCAUGAUGCUCAAGCUACACUCUUACUUGGAAGUUACUAUCAAAAUGGAAUGUCUGUCGAAAAGGAUCUGGAAAAAUCAAUUGAACUCUAUCUCGAAGCUGAUAAAUUGGGUGCCUCUGUUGCUCCAUUUGCUGUCGCUCAAGUUUAUCAUUCAUUGAAUCGAUUUGAAGAUGCAUACAAAUACUACAAGAAAGCUGCCAAUGAUCCUCGUUUACUACAUAAUCGCAUUGGUCGAACUUCCAAACUUAUGGUUGCUAGGUAUAUUCUCAGUUAUGUACCUCAUGAAUCAGAUAACAGUGUGCAAAUCAUGGAUAUCGACAACAUGACAAAAGAAAUUGCUUUCGAAAAACUCUUUAAUCUUGCAGCAAAAGAUCAUUUUGAACCUUCCUUCUAUUGGUUAGCCGAAUGUUAUCGAACUGGAAAUGGUAUUGCUAUGAAUUUGGAAAAAUCUUUACCUUGGUAUCACAAAGCUGCUGAUGAAUUGAAGGAUACUGAAGCUAUGGUGAAGUUAGCAUCUGUAUAUGAACAAAUGGGUGGGAAUAAUGAUCGAGCAUUCCAUUAUUAUCAAUUGGCUGCUAAUAUGAAACAUCCUGAAGGUCAACAUCAAUUAGGAAUGAUUUAUUGGCGUGGAAGUCUUGAUAUUGCUAUUAAUCUUGGUGACGCAGUUGUCUGGUUCACUCAUUCUGCAGCUCAAAAAUACGCGGCAAGUCAUUGGGCUCUUGGACAAAUGGCACUUGAAAAUGGAGAUCAAGAUGUAGCAAUUGAAUGGUGGAGAAGAUCUAUUGAUCUUGGAUAUGCACCAGCCAUGCGUGCUCUAGCAAGAUUACUUUUACAAAAUACCCAAGCAAUUCAAGGUAACAAUGAUAGUCCAGAUGAUUACUCUUAUGAUCAAGAUAACGAAGAUUUGGAUCGUGCUAUGGAACUCUUGGCUGAAGCUGUUGAAAAUGGUGAUGCGGAAUCCCUUGCCUAUUUGGGUCAAUUACAUCAAGUUAAGGCUGUGCACUCCACUAAGAACUCAACCACUCAAUCCUCUUCAUCAUCUACAUGUCAAGGAUUUACUCGCCACUCAAACAGCCACAACAACAAGAAUAAUAAUCACUCUAUUGAUACUUCGUCCGAUGACCAUUCGACUCAUCAUUGUACUGCUCCUACAUCUUCCAAUACUACUACAAUAAUUGAAGACAAAAGUACGACUCAUGAUCACGACAAUGAAGAUAUGGAUGACGAAGAACAUGCUGCAGAAUUACAAUUACAACGUCAAUUACAAGAACAAGGACUCGCUACCCGAUGUUUUGAACAAGCGGCAAAAAUGGGCCACGUGGAAUCAAUGUUUUUAGCUGCUGAAUCAUGGCAUUCACAGCAACAGUAUGCUGCCGCUCUUGAAUAUUAUGAUCGUGCUGCCAAGAAUGGUCAUCUACUCUCUCGUGUGAUGCGUGCUCGCUAUCGUCUAGCUGGUCUGGGUGGUAUGGAAUCUGAUCCUGUUUUAGGCUACCAGGAACUCUUGGAAUGUGCCGUUCAAAAUCAAUGCGCAGAUGCUUAUAACUCUAUUGGGCAAUGUAACGAACUAGGACUUGGUACCAAGCAAGAUGAUCAAGCUGCUAUGGAUUGGUAUUUGCGAUCUGCUGAUCAAACACAAGAUUCAGAAGCCAUGUUUCGUAUUGGUCAGCUUUAUGCACAAGGACGUGUUCCACCAUCUCAAGGACGACACAAGGAUAUCGAAGCACUACAGUGGUACAAACUUGCAAGUGAAACAAGAAAUCAUAGUCAAGCUCAUUACCAAAUUGGGAUGUAUUUCAUUCGAGGAAUUACAACAACAGUAAAACGAAUGGAUAGUCAAGUCAACAAUGAUAUCAACAAUGAACAAACGAAUAUUGUGAUUCCUAUCGAUCAUGUGGCCGCUAGAUCACAUUUCCAAUCAGCCAGUGAACAAGGUGAUGUGAAUGCUAUGUAUGAACUUGGUCAACUGCUUCUUAUGGAUGACUCCUCUUUAUCGACAACAGGCAUGUCAUUAACAAUGGAUGAUCGACGGGAUGGAUUAGAUUGGCUAGUCAGUGCAGCUCAAAUGAAUCAUCGCGAUGCAUUACGUGAACUUGGAAAGAUGCAUCACUCUGGCAAAUUAUACGAUGAUGAACUCUUGGUGGAAAAAGAUUCGACUCUGGCUUAUGAUUACUUUAUGCGAUCUGCCAAUCAAGGGGAUAAAACAGCUAUGCUUUUUAUUGGUAUUUACUAUGAACAUGGUAUUCAUGUUCAUCUGGAUUUGUUAGCGGCUCGACAUUGGUAUGAAAUGGCAGCUCGAAGUGGAUGGUGGCUUGCAGAACUCGCGAUGGCACAACUUUUACAUCAAGAUAUGGAUAGUCGGGAAGAAGCAUACCACUAUUUUACAUUGGCUCACCAACAUGCACCAGGCUUGCAACGACAACCAGCAACCAUUAUGAUAGCAAGAUAUCAUUUACGAGGAUGGGGUGGUGUACCCGUACAAUUGGAAGAAGCAGCAAAAGAAUUGAUUACCAUCGCUGAAGAUCAACAACAAGUCAAGGUGUAUCUCGAAGUAGCGCAAUGUUAUGAAUUUGGUAUUGGCGUGGAACAAGAUUUGACCAAAGCAUUUAUGUGGUACGAACGAGUGGUUGCCCAUCAUGAUGAUGACUCGACCCUGGACGAAGAAGACAGAGAAGAUUUGGCUGAAGCGACUUUCCGAUUAGCAGAGUUUUAUCGACGUGGAAGUGUAGUUUCUCAAGAUCAAACCAAAGCAAAUCAUCUAUACUAUUUAGCUGUUCAACAAGGAUCAAAGGAAGCUCAAGAAUAUCUCCAAGAACAAUCUUCAUCAAGCAAUGAUUGAAAUUUAUGAUUAUAUCCUUCCACUCAUUACUUUCAUUCUACAAUAUUUAUUUUAUUACCACUAUUUAUUAUUUAUAUUUAUAUAUCUCAUUGAUUUACCUAUUCUUGAUAUCCCUUCAUUUAUUAUUACCCUGUCUAUUCUAUUGUAUUUAUACCCUCCCCCCAAACACGUACCCACAUUUGAUUCUUUAUGUAUUAUGUUAUUAUUAUGUUUUUUUCCACUAUUCCUUUUUCUUUAUUUAUGUUUUACGAUAUAUUAAUCAUCUUAUAAUAUAGAAUAGUUUUUUACCCGUACAAGAAUAAAAAUAGUUACAAACCACCUUAAACCAGUUAUAUAUGUCUUUACGUGUAACCAUACAAACUUCGGCGUUUCAAACAUCACGAGAAGGAUAAAUGUCACCAUUCUCCCGAAUAUUCUUCCUUGUUUUAGUUUUU